CAUGAAAAGGAGGAGGAGGAGUGUAAUAGGUGGAGGAAACAAGAGGGGUAAAAAACGGGUAGCGGCAGAGUAGAGGAGGACAUCCCGUCAAUGAUAAACACUCCCAUGGAUGCGGCCAACUUCGGACUACCUGAAAGACUCGAAACUAAAAUGUUUUUACUUAUUUAGCGUUUUUUUUCUGCUCCUUGUGCACGAAGCAGCCGGCUAAGGGAGGAGAUGCGGUGAUAUCAUGAGCAAAACCGGCCAGCGAGAAAGAAAGGAAAGACAGAGAAGAAGAGAGAGGGAGGGGGAGAGGGAGCAGGGGAAGAGGAGAGGCGGGGAGUCGGCUACCACCAGGCCAGCUGAGGAUGCUUGUUGUUUCUAGAAGCGGGAUUAAUCACCGGGUUGAGCGCUGAUCCUUCCCCCGGCGCACCGAGCGCACCUCUCCACGCUGCAGCUGUCCCGAGCCAGCACGCCUUUCGGCCGUCUGGCCCGGUCUGCCCCCGAGGCUGUUUGCCUUUUUGAUGCUCUUCCCCCUCUUCCUCUAUUUCCUGAUGCAGGGCCGGGGAGGGGGCGAGCCAAAGUGUGCACCGGAUAUUGGAAAACCCAUUCUUCUUGCUGAUGCUGUUUGUGAUAAUAGAUUGUUAUCUGGGCAACGCCGCAUCUACACAGAAAGGCAGAUUGUGACCAAAUGAGGCCCGACUUGACAGGAAGAGGGGAAUGUAUGGGCUCGGAAGGAUUAUGAAAACAGUUUUUUUGGACGGCAACAGAAGAACGGGGGUCCCUGAUAUCGAUCAGGGCAUUCUGGCUUCGGAUAUUUGAGACUGCUCUUACAGAAAUCAAUCUGUGGCAAAUGUAGCCUUCCUGUCCAGGUCUGAAUGAGAUUUUUCGUUACUGCUGUACUCUUGGCCAGCUGAAUAAGCUAUAUAGGAUCAAUCAGCUUUAAACUACAGUUAUUUAUAGCAGGGGGGUGGGUUUAAUGUGACUGUUCGCACCUCUGUGGACAUCUCCCAUCUCUGGUACCGGCUAAACCUCACACGUCCUCAUCUCUGAUCUUUUCCUACCUUUCCCUUGAAUGAUGCCGCUUCCUGUGCUUUGGUAACACUGACUUGAACGACUCUGGAUUUACAGAGUGGAAACAGGACCGGUUCUCACUCCUGACCGCAUGACAAACAAUUGCAUGGGAGUAGCCUGCGAGGCCCGGCUUUAGAUCACGACCAGUCCGCACCUCCUCUCUUCUCCUUUCCUCCUCUCUGCACCGCCGUAUAGCCGCCUGUAAUGUGCGUUACGGCAUUACGCACGGAGCAGGAGCGAGCGCUAUCUUGAUUUGCCUUAUAUCUGGAAUAGAAUUUCAUCUCGGGAAGGAUGAGCAGCAAAGAGCUGACGGUGGGCCAGUCCAGUCAGUUUGUGGGGCCUUACCGGCUGGAGAAGACCCUCGGGAAGGGACAGACAGGACUUGUGAAGUUGGGUGUCCACUGUAUAACAGGGCAGAAGGUGGCCAUAAAGAUCGUCAACAGAGAGAAGCUCUCUGAAUCGGUUCUAAUGAAGGUGGAGAGAGAAAUAGCUAUUCUUAAACUAAUAGAGCACCCUCAUGUUCUGAAGCUGCAUGAUGUCUAUGAAAAUAACAAAUACCUGUACCUUGUGUUGGAGCAUGUAUCUGGCGGAGAGUUAUUUGAUUACCUGGUGAAGAAGGGUAGGCUCACCCCCAAAGAGGCCAGGAAGUUCUUCAGACAAAUCAUCUCUGCCCUGGACUUCUGCCAUAGUCACUCCAUAUGUCACAGAGACCUUAAGCCAGAGAACCUUCUCCUGGAUGAGAAGAACAACAUCAGGAUAGCAGACUUUGGCAUGGCCUCGCUACAAGUUGGGGAUAGUCUGCUGGAAACCAGCUGUGGAUCUCCCCACUAUGCUUGCCCAGAGGUCAUAAGGGGUGAGAAGUACGAUGGUCGUAGGGCGGAUGUUUGGAGUUGUGGAGUCAUUCUGUUUGCUCUCCUCGUGGGUGCCUUGCCUUUUGAUCAUGACAACCUGCGGCAGCUUCUAGAGAAAGUGAAAAGUGGAGUAUUCCACAUGCCACACUUUAUACCUCCUGACUGCCAAGCUUUGCUCAAAGGAAUGAUAGAAGUCAACUCUGACAAGAGACUAACGCUUGAAGCAAUACAGAAACACCCCUGGUACCUGGGCGGUCGGAACGAGCCCUGUCCAGAGCAGCCUCCCCCUCGCCGAGUGUGUAUGAAGAGGAUACUGUCCUUAACUGAGCUUGACCCUGAUGUCCUGGAAAGCAUGUACUCCCUAGGGUGCUUCAGAGAUCGGGUUAAACUCACACAGGACCUUACAAGUGAGGAGGAGAACCAGGAAAAGAUGAUCUACUACCUCCUGUUGGACAGGAAAGAGCGAUACCCCAGCUGUGAGGACGAGGAUCUGCCACCAAGGAAUGACAUAGACCCACCCAGGAAGCGUGUUGACUCCCCCAUGCUGAAUCGUUAUGGCCGCAGUCGUCCAGAGAGGAAGAGUUUAGAGGUCCUCAGUGUCACAGAACAGGUUUCUCCCACCCCGCCUCGCAGGGCCCUGGACACUAAUGCAUACAGCCAGAGGUCUCGUUCAGUCAGUGGGGCCUCCACAGGUCUGUCCUCCAGUCCUCUUAGCAGUCCCAGGAGUCCGGUCUUCACUUUCAGCCAAUCAGAAGUCACCUCCACCUCCGCUUCCUCCUCCAAAGACCCCAAACCAGGAAGUGCCACCACCCCUCGACCUACCCGCCCGGCGCCUGACCCAAAAACCCAGACCUUGCCCUCAAAAGGCCCUGCAGAACGGCCCCAGCUUCACACCAUGAAGUCCCUCCCACUCCAGACACCACGCUCCCCUUCCCCUUCGCCCUCCCCUAUACUCUCCCCCAUUCCACGCUUCUUCAACUUCCCGUCACCAUCUGUCUUCAAGUCCAAGAACGUCCACUCGUCCUCUAACUCCUCUGCCACCCCUCCCCCUGUGUCGCAGGUCACACCGCAAGGCUCGCCGCUGCCCACCCCGCUGGGCACGCCUGUGCACCAACUCCAACACCCUUCCUCCACCACCCCUCCCUCCUCUUCCUCCUCGUCUUCUUCCUCCAGAGCGGACGGAGCCGGAGGGGCCUCGCUGUCGCUGACCCCGCCCUCCAGCCCGGGGGGCAGUGGUGGGAUGGCCGCCUCGGGCUCUGCUCACUGGAGAUCCAGGCUCAACUCAUUCAAGAACAACCUUCUGGGCUCUCCGCGCUUCCACAGGCGCAAACUACAAGUUCCUACAUCAGAGGAUAUGUCCAGCUUAACGCCAGAAUCCAGCCCAGAACAACAGAACAGGCUGGUGAAGCGGUCCUGGUUUGGUAACUUCAUCACGCUGGAGAAAGAGGAGCAGAUCUUUGUCUUGAUCAGAGACAAGCCGCUCAGCUCUAUCAAGGCUGACAUCGUCCAAGCUUUUCUCUCCAUCCCAUCCCUCUGCCACAGUGUGGUGUCUCAGAAUAGUUUCCGGGCAGAAUACAAGUCCUCUGGUGGUCCUUCUGUCUUCCAGAAACCUGUCAAAUUCCAAGUGGACAUCGCUUUCUCUGAGGGAGAGAGGGAGCGAGAGAGGGAACGAGCAGAGAGAGAAGGGAGACGAGAGCUGGGCAUUUACAGCGUGACCUUCACUUUAAUAUCAGGUCCGAGCCGCAGAUUCAAAAGGGUAGUGGAAACCAUUCAAGCUCAGUUACUGAGUACUCAUGAUCAGCCUUCUGUGCAGGCAUUGGUUGAUGAGAAGAACGGUCAGCUUUCCCGCCAGCCCAGCACUCCUACACGUCAGAACUCCAGGAGAUCUGAAAGCGGAUCGGAGCGGGGAGAGGGGGAGCAUGCGGCAGACGGGGGGAGCAGUAGCGGAAGCAGCAGCGGAGCAGUCUUACAAAGACGAGGGUCGGGGAAAGACAAGGCCAGACUCUCGCCGUCCAACGGGACACAGGCUCACCCUUGAAAAGAAUGUUGUGGAAGAGAAGUGAGGGCCCUAUGCCGGGCCCUUUUCUCUUCCUCUCUUUAGUCCUUUCCACAUUCUUUCCUUUCCUAUUUCCUUACUUCCUGCCUUGCUUCAUACUUUUAGUCCUAAGCAAUGGGAUGGAAAAAGGGAGAAGAUUUUCCUUGAAGCUGAUCUAGGGAUUUAAUGAAGAUUUCCCCCUGAAAUGGCUCGUUUUCUCAGAAAUGUAUAUUUUUGGAGACUACUGGAGCUGAUCUCUAAUUAGCCCUAAAGGAUAGCUUCACCCUGGUGGGACAAGCCUAAAAACAAAUGAUGUCCAAAAAGCUCCACUUUACUAUGAAAAUAGAAGAAAUUUAGUUCACCUGUUCCUAUGGAUCGAAAAAAAAAAGCACAUGAAGUUCCCACUGACCAAUCACAUGCAACACAUUGUUCAAACUCAACAAUCAAGUUCCCACCCGUCAGUCAGAGUGGCUCGUGAAGAUGUUGGUCAGUGACGGAGCGCAUCAAGGCAUUCUCAUUCCUCAUUUCCUGGCUGUCUCAUGAAUCAGCAAGUCUUUUCAGCAUCACCUGACAUGACAGGAAACCAUCUCUGCUCUCGUCUCAUCAGUUUCUAAUUGAAGGCUGCGUUAAGGAAUGAAAGAGCUAUAGGGAGAGUCCUGUUUUAGACUCGGUUGUGAAAAUGGAUUUAAUUCUUAAAUUAUUAGCCAACUUAAUGCUGUGCUGACAAUGGAUCUGAUGUAGCUAUGUAACAUAACCCUACAGCAAAGUGAAUAUCUUAAUCAACAAACACAACUUGCUUGAGUGUAUGAGAAGUCCCACAGUCAUUUCUGAAUUACACUUAUUUAAAGCUAUGAUACCAUAUUGCCUUUAAUGAAGGAGAAGAAAAAGUGGAUAUCCAGUUAGAUUUAGCCCCAAUUUAAUGACACUAGGACACACCACAGGCAAUGCUAGGGGAGAAAAAGGUGGAUACAUAAACACAGGAGGUCGAGCAGUAUCCAUUCAGUAGUAGAAAAGAAGAACAAGUUGUGAAAAGCCUCCAAAGCAAUCUUGGAGAAAUAUUUUGUUAAAAGAGGUUUGUCUCAUAUAACAUUCACAUGCCAUAUACACAUGGUUUUAUUGUUCACCGUAGUUCUGUUCUACAUACUGGCUGUGACGUCUUAAACUUGCGCCCUAUUCGGAACCCCAUUUUAACCCUACGCUCUAACCUUCUGGUUGUUUCUGGUUACUGCGUAAGUUAGGAUGUAGAUUUCCUGCAGAAGUCUAAAUCAAGCUUUACCUUCCAUAAGUGGAUCUCCAACAAAGAAGUGACAAAAUCUUUGUUCCCUGGCAAAGUGCACGCCAGUGUUCAGACAAAGCUAGUAUGAAGCAUUAGCGUUAAAAAUAACCAGUCUCCUUUUCCACAAACAGCAGUUGCACAUGAAGGCCUUGCAAGUAUGUGGACCUGUCAAAUGCUGAUUGUCUUAUCUAAACUUCUCAGCAUUUCUCUGUUUUUCCUUUUUUGUCCUUGCUCUAACACAAGUCUGUGUUAGUCCAACCAGCAACCAGCGUCAGGAUACGGUCACAUUGGAAACCCACAAAUAUUCACCUGAUAGCUUGACUUAAGUUACAGUAACAUAUUUUUAGAACUUAUUAGGUCCUAAGAGCUUGUUUACGUAUCUACAUAUCCUCUCCAUUUUUGUUUUUCGUGUCUUUAUAAAGGCCAACUUGAAUCAAACAGCUCCAGCUACCCAAAAGUGUUGUGAGUAAAUUUGUCUUCAAUUUCUGAUUGUUGGUAGCAUGUCUUAAUGAUGACUUUGUGAUGAGUGAGAACCUACACAGAUGAUUGAGCAUCCAUCAAGACUUUACUGAAGCACUGUGCUACAAUCUGUAAUGUAACCUGAUGUAUAUCUCCCUUGAAAUGUGACUACACAUCACCAUCUGACCAUCCCGCUGGCAUAAAUUCUGGAAAUGGCUACUUACGUAGAGAUCCCGCACACAAUAGGAGUUUAGGCUUGACAUGUCUUUUUACUGCAACCAGAUGGCAGUCAAGUAAUUUGGUUUAGAAAAAUGAGUCGUAUAUCUACUGUUUUUUAUUUAUUUUUUUAUUUAUGAAGUUCCGAAUUCUGAAAGCUGCAAAUAACUCAGUUAUCUUAUCCAUUUCGCAUGAACAGUGCUGUUUUCAGACAGCAAUGACACGAUGGAAAAACAUUAUCCACCCUUAUUCAGAUUUUAGCAUUCAUGCAGUAUUCUUGGAUGGCUGUACACACUGCUAGCUUUAUAGUUUAGCUACCUUUUCUGUGUUACCUAAAUAGAUUGAAACAGAAUCAUUGAAAUUAGCAGAUAUGUAAUUUCCUUUUUGUAGUUCUUUUUAAUAAGUGGUUUGUAAAAUUCCUGAUAUUUCUUUCUUAAAAGUUACACACGAGCCAGCACAUGAUGGACAAAUAUGACAAUUUCAUUUUGAUAAAUUUAGAAUACAAUGAGCUACAGCUCAAUAUUUGCUAAACCUUUAUAUGCAGGGUAGGGCGCUGAUUCUACCGAGCAGUAGAUAUAUGUGCAUGUGAAUAUUGUACUGAGAAAAAUUCAAACCUCUCCCUCAAUAGAAAAGACAAUUAAGAAAUGACUUGCAGGGAACUUCUAUGCUCAUUUCCAGACCAUGAUAUUUCUACUUUGGAACACUAGAGCAUCAUUGCAUGAUUUACAGUUUUAAAAUAUAAUUUCUUUAAUCUUUUAAAAAUUCUACCUGUAACCCUUCAGUCAUUUUAGACCAGGGGUGGGCAAUUCCAGGCCUCGAGCGCCGGUGUCCUGCAGGUUUUGGAUCUCACCUUGGGUCAACACACCUGAAUCACAUGAUUAGUUCGUUACCAGGCCUCUGGAGAACUUCGGGACAUGUUGAGGAGCUAAUCUAGCCAUUUAAAUCAGCUGCGUUGGUUCAAGGACACAUCUAAAACCUGCCCUCAAGGCCUGGAGUUGCCCACCCCUGUUUUAGACCCUCCCUACAAGCCCACUUUCUUCCAAUUGUCUUGUUUCUGGAAGCCUGCAGAGGGGCAGGACCCAGAGCUUGUAAACUGUACUGACUGAAUUAUGACUGUAGCAGAUGAAGAAAAGAAACUCAUUCUGGUUGAUGUCAGCUUGUACUGUGAGUUGACUGAAAUCCUUUGGCUCACUGGCAUUACAUUUACAUAUGUUCAUUGCAUUAAUAUGUUUGCAUUAAUAUAUCUUAACACUAGACAUACAAAUCAUAAUAGGUCCUCUUAAAGGUAAAUGUGGAAGAAGUCUUUUUAAACAGGACACCCAGGUGUUUGUUUGCUUUUUUGCCCAACAGCUGGGCAACAGAAACCCAUCCUCAGCUGCAUUUCCUUUGAUAACAAUGCAAAACUGGCAGGUUACAAAUAACUGCUUUGUGUCUGUAGUCAUAAAGACUCUGUACACAAACUGCCUGGCAAGGAAAAUGAAGCCACAUCUAAGGAAUGAAAGAUGCUUUUUUUGGUUUCUACUGUAUUUCAUUUUUAUACUCUAAUCCAGCUUUUGCGUAUGGGUAUGUUUUGUUUUUUUUAAUUUUUUAAGUUUUAGAGUCUAACACCAAGAUAGCACCAACCAUGUGAAUGUCAAGAAACGUUUUUGAAACUAUUUAAGAGGGCAGAAAUAGUUUGUUUGUCUAUUUAUUGAAAAUAUUUAUUUAUUUAUUUAUUAAUGUAUUUAUGUAUUUGUGUAUGUAUUUAUUUGCAUUCCUGGAUUAUUUUCAAUAAUGGAUAUAGGUGGUUAUAAAGACAGGGAAGUGUUAGUUAGAUGUCUGGUACUGCAGACAAAAACUAAACAAUUAGUCCAAAGUUUUUUUGUUUAAAAUUCUAACAUUUUAAUGCUGCAAAACAGCCCUUUAAGCUUUAUGUUGUGAUUCUGCACUUUAGAUUUAUUUUGUCAUUAUUUUUGCCAUUAGAGAUGUCCAUUUUAUAAUGCGAGACCAAGAUUUCACACACAUAAAAUACCUUCAGUGCUGAGUCUUUGCCUCUUUUAGGUGUUUGUUCAGUUCAAUUUUUUUUUCUUAAUUGAGACCUCAAACGAAAAGACAGCAGGAUGAUAAUCUGCUGGAAUGUUAUGUAAUUACUUGUUGUAACAAAGAAGUCCGUGUUUCUGUGUGUCUCUAUGUACAACACACACGCUAAGGCCUUUCAAAUUAAAGGUCCUUUUCAGCCCAGUUAGAUAUGUGUCUUUGUGGAUAAAAGGAGCAUCAUUAUCUUAAUUAUUGAAUUGAUUUAAGUGGGAAAAUUCCAGUUUGUCCACUAAAUUGGCUUAGUAAUUUGGCACCAAAUUCAUGUAUUCUAGGUGGUUUUCUGCACUUUGUGUUUAGAACUAACUGGUAAAUGUUAGCAUGCUAUUAGGCCCAUCUAAAAAAAAAGAACUUGGUGAGCAUUAUACCUGCUGAACAUUUGCAUAUUAACAAUAUAUACACAUAGCAAUUACAAUCUUACUGUUUCAGAGCUACCAAUGACUAUUGCUGAGCUAACAGUUAGCUAUCAGUUAAGAAUUGGCAUGUUUGGUUAGCAUGGUGCAUUUACAGACUGUGUGUAACUGUUGUGGGUACACUGCACACAGUUACUUCUUAAUUAUUACUAACAGUCUAAUAAAAUAUAAUUUCACUCUGAACAAAAGCCAAGCCAUGUUAUUUAUCAAAUAAUUGUGUUAAACUGCUCUAGAAUACCAGUACAGUGUCUCCAGUUAGCUGAGGUGAUAGCUAGCAAAAGGCUACAGGCCUAACCCAGUCGCAAAACAGCCCUAUUCAUUCUUAAUGUUAUUAUUAAGAAAUUAUGUAAGGGCAAGUUAUAUAAAGUGUCACCCCCUGGGAUAUUAGCUAACAAGAAAACAAAUAUUUAUUUAUUUUUGUACCACCGUGUAAAUGAGUUUAUUCUGCAUUUUAAUAUGGAAAUCGAUGGGACUGAUGUGGACAUUUGAGGUACUGUAGUUUUUGGGCUUCUACUUUGGCUUCAUAUUUGAGCCCCAGAGGACGUUACUUGCUUGGUAUGCUAACAUUGACAUUUAGCUCAAACACUGCCAAGUAUUACAAUGCUAACAGUUUACAGAGCAGUCAUGUGCACUCCUUGUAAAACAUUUUGUGUCGUUUCAUGCAAACCAGCUUCAUUCCUCACUGACCUUCAGGCGUGUUUGUCAUUACAUCUUUUUUUCUCCUUCUUUUUUUUUUUUUUGCUAUAUUCCUGGUUGCUUUUACAAAUUCUGCUUCAGCUGCCUAUAAAUAGUUUAAAAGAAGAAGCUGCAAAAUGAAAGUUUUCACAGCAGAGCCCCUCAUGACGUUUUGACAUCUUUCCCUUUUAGUGGAUACAAUCACUUGUGCUGUCUUCAAAAAUUUUCUUUUUUUCCAUUCCCAUUCUCAUAAUGUACACCUGUGGGAAAACCCAGCAGUGAGAUCCACACACCUGACAGGUCAGAGUUUGGCGAGUGUUAAAGUUGCACACUCAAAUACACAAAAGGUAGUGUUAGAUCUUUUUAUUAAAACAAAGGUUCAUCUUUCAUCCACUUAGAAGAGAAAAAGAGCUAAAGGAUUGAAAUAAGAAGAGGAAAGGAACCUUCUAAAUUUUGCUCCACUGAGCAAACACUGCAUUUUAAUCCAUUCAAAGACACAACAGGGCGCUUGGCUUGAUUGCGCAAAACUCCCUUAUUGAAAGAAAUGUCCCCCCUCACUCGUUUCCUCCUUUAUCCUCCACCUAUUCACUUAACAUUUUCUACAUUUUCCUCCUCCCAUUCCUCCCCUUUGUAUUCCUGGUCUCCUGCUCCACCCAUCCUAUCCCUCACCACAUGCACAUAUCUCACCUCCGUAUAUAACCACCCCUCUUGUAUACAUUUUAUACCCAGUAUACUUCGACAAAGAUGCUGUAUACAUUUGUAUACGCUGUGUGCCUGUCUCCAUUGUAUGCCAUCCAUAUCUAUGUAGCGUUCACUAUGUUUUAUUGACACUGUAGUCACCAUACAAUUCUUCCUCUCAUCAUUAUUGCUCAUUCUUCUUCUGCAGUUAAAGUUGUACGACUAUAAUCUCCUAUCAUGUCCCUCCUCCAUAUCCGCCCUUGCUCCGCCACUCAAGCCCCACUCCCAACUCCCAUCUUGUGACCCACACUCCACACAGAAGAAAAAGAAUGUUUCACUCUGGAGAAAUUCAUGAUGUGAGAAAUAAAUGGAGGGCGGAGGUGGAGCGUAGGAGAGGGUGGGGUCGAGAAAACAGCUCACCCAAUUAAUGACAAAGAGAAAUGUCUGUAGUAUAAUUACAAAAGAGGAAAAGUGCACUAUUAUGACAAUGAUUAUUAUUGCCUGUGAAAAAUACUGACCAAUAAACAACAAUGGAUAUA